AUGGAGGCCGUGAACACGCUUGUCCAGCUACAAUCCGGGGAGCCCUCGGCCAGGCUCCCAGCGCCGUCCACUCCAACGCCGAGCAGCACCGCGAAUCAGCUUGAUGAGGACCGUGUUGUACGGGGAGGCGUCGCCGUCUUCGAUCCCAUGCUAAGUCCAGACCCUCCGCCAGAGGUGCUUCAGUCGCUGGUCAAGCUCUACGUUGAUCAGAUCGCAGACCAGCCCCUGCCCCUUUUCGAUAUCCAAACGUUAUCGUAUCGCGUGCAGAAGUUCCCGAAAAGCCUGCUUAGAAGCUUUCUUGCAUUGACUGUGAGAUAUUCCGACGACGAUUUCUUCAGAAGUGGUCGGUCGAAUGCCGUGGAGUUUUACAAGACAUCUGCGUCCAAGGCGUUGUAUGCCCGGGCUGCAGAAGCGAUUGGUGACGUGGAUGUCCUGCAGGCUUUCUGUCUGCUCUGCCUCAAUGAGAUUGAGGGUGCGUCCUACAUUUGGUCUCAUUGCAUGUUCGAGCUAACGGGAAUUCUACCAAUAGAUGGAAACAUGAAAAGAGCCUGGAUGACUGUCGGCGUUGCCGCUCGGCUCGCUGUCUGUUCUGGCCUUAUGAGCUCCACAGCCAAGGGCGCGGUCGUAACCGCUGACCAUUCUAGGUGUUACUGGAGCCUCUUCAUUCUUGAUCGCAUGCAUGGCAGCAGUUUCCGGAGUGUACCGGCCAUAUCGACCGAUGAUGCUGUUCCCGAAAUGCCGCCGUCCGCAAGAAGACCAGAGUAUUUAGGGCUGACCUCACCGAACGACCUCGAAGAGCCUCAAGCCGCAGAGCAAAAGGACGCCGGCAUCAACUCCUAUGCCCUUCAAUUGUUGUCGAUAUGGGGCCGCCUGAUGUCGUAUCUAAAGACGAUCAGUCAGGGCGUUCUUGAAGAUGCGUGGACAGCGAACUCGAUGUACCAGCAAAUCAAGGCCGAAAUGUCCCGGUUUGAAACAGUCCUGCCCGAAGUCCAUCGGUUCAAGAAUGCGAGGUUUCGUGAAAGAGAUAUCUCCGAGCUGGAAAGACAUCGGCAUUACUGGGCGUCAUGGGUGUUCACACAGUGCAUCUACCACGCCACGCACUGCACUCUGAAUCACCCUUUUCUCCAUAUUGCCAGGAUUCGGGGUCAGAGGAGGCUUCGCUCCCCUUCAUUCCUGCAACACGCCAGCGACCAAGCAGCUCUGCACUCCGCCUGGGUCGUUUUGAUCCUGAGUUCGUGCGAAGAGCGAGACUUCAAAAUCUACGACCCUUUUAUUGGGCAUCUAGCAUCAAUGAUCGCGACCGCUGAGUUCCUGCUCCAAUUCUCCAAGGACGAAGCAUUGGCAGCCAAAUCGGCCAGCAAUUUCAGUAUACUUCGACGUUUUGUUGAGAGAAUGGCGACCAGCCAUCCUCAUCUUCAGCACACUGUAAGUCACAUCCGGUCUUGUAGUAUCAGGGCCUAA